AUGCACUUGUGGAACAGGAACAGUGAGGUCGUCAAACACCGGCUAGACACUGUUCUUGAUGGUCUUGAUUAUGCCAGAGACUCCCAGCUUGCAACUCGCUCAAACACCUCAUCGCAGGAAAUGGCUACAAAUGAGGACGGUGCAGCACAGGCUGGGAUAUCUCUGGUGAACCUACGUGCAGACCCUCGGAGACCAGAGUAUAUGAAUCGGAAUUGGAUACCGCAUUGGAGUUACCAGAAAAGCUCCAUUGCUGCUGCGUGCAUAUUUACGGCCGUCACAGUAAUGGCUCUCACUUUCUUAGCUAUCCUAUCCAUCAAGAAGGCUAAAAGAAGCUGGGAGCGACACAAACGUGAAAAGCAAGAUUAUGCAAACUCCGGUUACUCUGCUCUCACCUUGCUCGAGGAAGGCCACAAAAUGACUGCGACGAGCAGCAAGCAGAUAAGCCGAGAGACUUUGAUGUUCAGUAGGAGUCGCUCGCCAUCUUCGACCUAUCUCAUUGAACAAGACGGUCCCUCCGUGACGAGAGUUUAUCACACGAGCAAAAGCGUCUCUACGAUUACGCUCGACUCGCCCAGCUCUACCCUGGGAGAUGCAGGCUCUACAACUGAGUUGAACGCAAUACCGGAACGUCCAGCCAGCGCGUUAAAACGUUCCCGCCACGAACGUCAUGGCUCGAAGGCCAGAUCAAUCGUUGUCGUACCGUCACCCUUGAGGGCAUUCUCGGUGAAGCCAAUGAUACACCACACAGACCCAGCCUACGCCCUGGAGCGGACUUCCUUAAACGUUGAACAUGAGGGCGGUGAUGUCCCGUCGAGCAGCAAGCGUGAUUCCGCUGGUGGAAACAGCUUGUUCAAACUUCCAGCAAUCCAAAGAACAAUGUCUCCCCUUUUCUCCUUUUGA